AAGCACUCUGAGCGUUGGAAAAGUGCAAUAUAAAUGCUACGGUUCAUUCAUUCAUUCAUUCACUGAUUUCUCCUGAGCUGCGUAGCUGACUAUGACGGCCAGUAGGCUAGGCUACUCAAUACCAGCAGUGCCUAGCUCUGACUGCUUUGAACAGUCCAGCGUCAAGCAGGAGGGGGUAUGAGCGGCACGUUAUCAGAACGCUGAUAACUCGCUCUCACGCGGAAGAUGAGGCCUUGAAUAUUACUUUGCCGUGCGGCAUGGGCUUCAUUAGCCAAUUAGAUACGCCGUACACUACUUUGUUCGGAUACAAUCCAAACUGAUUGUAAACGAAUCUUUCAGUGCCCGAUUACAAGUUCUGGGACACACAGUUACUUGUUUUCAAAAACUGAUUUCGUAAACUUACCCGAGGACAGAUAUUCCGGGUGGCAGUUUUUUGUUUUUGUUGGUUUGUAUCAGUAAAAGCUUGUCUUGGAACAAGACGCUUAAACGCUGACCAACUCCUAAGGUUUUCAUCACCUUGUUUGGGCUAUAUAGACCUACCCAAGGUUGUUGUAAGUGUGUUGUCAGUUUGAAUCGUGCCUGUUGGUCUUCCUGAUACUACGGGAAAAGGGGGGGGCGGGGGUGUACAACUUUUUUAAUACGAAGACAGGAGAGCGUGCAGCGGGCAGUAGCUGUUCCACGGAUUUCCUCUCGAGACACUGGAGAAGGCCGACGCUCCUUCCUUUUUCACUCGGACUAAAACAAGAGAGAGAAAGAAGGUGAGUUUUGAGGCUUCCAUCUCACAGUUAUGCUGCAGUUCCUUCUCACGAUGACCUCGCUGCCGUGCCCCCGUUUCUUCCUCGCCCUCAUCCUCCUCCUCGCCCCCGCCCUCCCCCUCUCCCUGUCCAGCACGUCCUCCGUUGGGGAGCAGGGGUCUGACCUGGGGGUGCAGAUGCUGCAGCAGGUGGCGCUGUUGCGUCCGAGGCAGAACCUGCUGGUGUCCCCCCACGGCGUGGCCAGCGUUCUGGGGCUGCUGCUGCUGGGUGCCGACGGCGACACCGGACAGCAGAUCCUCACCGCGCUCCGCUACGAAGCCGCCAGCGGCCUGGACGAAACGCUGGGGGAGCUGCACAGGAGCCUGGACAAGUCCGGGCAGGGUGCGACCGUGACCGUCUCCUGCGGCCUCUUCGCCCAGAAGGGUUUGGAGAUGAAGGUCCCCUUCCUGUCCGCCGUCCGGAGAGCCUUCCGGUGCGAGAGCAGGAACCUGAAUUUCGCCAACAGGGUCAGCGCCGCCAGAACCAUCAACGUCUGGAUCAGGGACCGCACCAACGGAAAGAUCUCCACCCUGGUCAGGCCAGACAUGCUGGAUGGGGCCCUCACCCGUCUGGUGGCGGUGAACGCCAUCUACUUCAAGGGCCUGUGGAAGUCCCGCUUCCGGCGCGAAGACACCAAGAUGGGCAAGUUCACAACGGGUGAUGGCAGUGAACACGAGGUCCCAAUGAUGUCACAAGUGUCCGUCCUCAACACUGUGAAGAAGAGGGGGUCCUUGCUCUCACUGGUCUGCCUUAGAACGAUCAGUCUGCCCUUCAUGGAUGGCAGUAGUCUAUACAUACUCGUUACCAACCCAGAGCGCCGUGUAGUGAAAAACCAGAGAGGACAGAAGGAAGGAGGACAGACGCCAGGGACCGCCAGCACCCCCGCCGGCCUGCGGUACUCCGUCAUCGAGCUGCCCUACCACGGCGACGCGCUCAGCCUGCUGAUCGCCGUGCCGCCCGUGGGCACGCCCCUCUCCGCCCUCCUCCCCCACGUGGGCGUGGCCGCCGUGCGGAGGUGGGCGGAGCUCCUGAGCCCCAGUCUCGUUCCCCUGUCGCUGCCCAGGUUUUCAGUGGAGGCCGAGCUCGAUAUGAAAAUUCCUCUCUUAGCUUUGAAUGUCACUGACAUUUUCGACCAACAUAAAGCCGACUUCAGACACAUAUGCUCAGAGCCAGUGUAUGUCUCCAAGGCUGUCCAGAGAGCCAAAAUGGAGGUCAAUGAAGACGGAACCAAAGCAUCAGUCGCCACGGCUUCGGUCCUGUUAACCAGAUCUUCCCCACCACCGGUGACCAUAGACAGACCAUUCCUCUUCCUCAUUCGACACAACCCCACAGGGACUCUGCUUUUCAUGGGACUGAUCAACGAUCCCUUGGCACCAUGCCAACCAACCCCCGAACCGGAACUGCCUGUGUUUCCACCUCAAACACCAAAAAUAAAAAUAAAAUAAAAAAAAUUUAUACUGGUUUUUCAGGCAGCCGUACAAACAGAUGUAAUGUUGCACAUCAUUUAACUGGUAAUAAAAUCAGUUCCCCAUUUCUGUA